CAAGGUUUGGACGUGGACGCACUCGCUCCGGGGGAAAAAACACGCGACGUGCGCGGAAAACUAACGAACAGCUGAAUUAAUUCCGCGAUUUUGUCGAAAAUGUGACCCCUGGCCGAACAGCCGACGAAAAGGCGAAAGUUUUCCAAUUAGGCGGGCCUGGACGAAAUUUCGAAAAAAUUUCUCUGUUUGGCUCUCACGUAUGCUGUUACGCCUGUCAUCUUAAAUUAAGAAUGUUUAUACAUACACGAUUUUCAGUUGCCUCUGAUACGUAUACUAUUACACUACAUCUAUCCCAACUGAUAUACGUGUCCUUGCAAAAAUGUUGAUGACGUCAUCGCAAUUUUUUUUUAAAUUCCCACUACAAAAAUGUAAUGAGAAAAAAACACAAUAGCCAUGCAGUCGUCAAGUUUCCGACAGCGAGGGAAUUCCAGGUCGCCGCUCCUUGAUGGCUCGCCGCUGAACCAUGCCGUCUCCCCCGUCGGACGACAUCUUCGAAUGCUUCGAGAACUCCACCCUGGCCACGACAUGCAACGUCAGCGCGCCGCUGCUCCUCGCGUGCACCGCCGACGCCGCCGACUUCGUCGACUUCUUCUGCGAGGCGCCCGACCUCAACGGCACCUUCUGCACCGCCUGCGACCUCAACGCCAGCCUGAGCGAGGCCGCCCUGACCAACGCCAGCCUGGGCGUCGACUUCGUCCUCCGGGUGGCCUCCAACUACUCCCAGUGCAGUGCAGUGAAUCGCAGUGGCGGCGUGUUCUGGACGUGCGAGGGGGCGGCGCCCGGGGGGCAGACGUGGGGCGCUAAUUACGACUGGAGUUUCUUGUUUGUGGUGGUGUUCAUUCUGGCGGGCGGUCUGGGCAACAUUCUGGUGUGUUUGGCGGUUAUUCUGGACAGGCGGCUGCAGAACGUCACGAACUACUUCCUGCUGUCGCUGGCCAUUGCGGAUCUGUUGGUCAGUUUGUUCGUGAUGCCGCUGGGGGCCAUUCCUGGGUUUCUCGGUAAGUGGCCGUUCGGCGUGGUCUGGUGUAACGUAUACGUCACGUGCGACGUCCUCGCCUGUUCCGCUUCCAUCAUGCACAUGUGUUUCAUCAGUCUCGGUCGUUAUCUAGGAAUUAGGAACCCUCUGAAGACGAGGCACAGCACCACCACGCGGACGGUGGUCGUGCGGAUCGCGCUAGCCUGGCUGCUCGCCAUGCUCGUCUCCAGCUCAAUCACCGUCUUAGGCAUAAUCGACAACAAGAACAUCAUGCCCAAGCCCGAGUGGUGCGAAAUCAACAACCGCGCCUUCUUCGUCUUCGGCUCGCUGGUCGCCUUCUACAUCCCCAUGGUGAUCAUGGUCGUGUCGUACGCCCUCACCGUCCAGCUCCUGCGGAAGAAGGCCCGCUUCGCCGCCGACCACCCCGAGAACGACCAGUUCCGGCGGCUCGGGGGCCGCUUCGGGCCCAAGGAGCGCACCCCGAUGUGGAGGACCGCCGGUUCCGGGGAGAGGUCCGCCAACAUCAGGAUAAGCACGUCGCACACGCAGCUCUCGUACGCCAACGGGGGCAGCGACGCCGGAUCGGUGCCGGGCAGCAGGAAGGACCAGAGCACGCAGACCCCCGAGAACAUCGCCAGGGAGACGAGGAACUGCAAACUCAGGUCGCUCAAGCUCCAGCUGAACAACGUGCCGUCGAAUUUGUCGAAUUUUAGACUGCUGGCGGGGCGAGUGAAGCGCAAGACGCUGGCGGCCAACAGCGUCGCCACCGAGCAGAAGGCCUCCAAAGUCCUGGGGUUGGUGUUCUUCACGUUCGUCCUCUGCUGGGCGCCGUUCUUCAUCCUCAACAUCAUCUUCGCCGCCUGUCCGGACUGCAAGGUUCCGGAGCACGUCGAAGUGGUUUGCUUGUGGCUGGGCUACGUCAGCUCGACGAUCAACCCCAUCAUCUACACCGUCUUCAACAAGACGUUUCGGGCGGCCUUCAUCAGGCUGCUGUUGUGCAGGUGUCAGAGGCUGUCGCGGCCGGUGCGGUACAGGUCGGUCAACGAGAACCGCGGAGCCGCCAGUCUCUGCACCCCGUCGGCCCUUCCUCUGGCCAUAAGUCUCCAGGGGACGCCGCUGCUCACGCCCGCCUCCACGGAAUCCUCGUACGUGCGCACGCCAUCGACGAACUUCCGAGAAAGAGACGAUUCGUACGACGACCACGACUGUUAGAGAAAAGACUUUUUGACUGUUGCAUCUUCGUUGUCUCCCUCAUCUCUCUCAAGUACUUAUUCGAAGUAGGUGUAGUAGGCUGCGAGCCGGACUACCGAUUUCAGAUUUAACCAAAGAUGUGUUGUAAAAUAUCAUUCGAUGUUGUUUAUUCUGUAGCUGUAUCGGUAUGGUACCAAUGACAAAAUGACAAUCUCUGUACUGGGACACAUUCCUGCGGAGGAUAUGUCCGUGACAAAGGGUUCCAGGACUCUUUCUGAACAAAUGUGAUGUUAGUUUGUAACAAUCGGCCAGUUGCAAUCAGCAAUAAUAGGUUAUAACCGAGAAAUUAAUUUUUUAAGACAUAAAACAAUCUUAUAUCUCGAUGUCAGAAAUAAAUGUAUUCGAAACA